AUUGCCUUAAGGUUAAUAAGAAUGUUUUCAUGAAAAUUGUAUCUAUUGAGAUAAAAUCUAGUUGAUAACAUUUUUUACGUUACCAAUAAUUAAAACCAUUGAAAAAUUGUUCAAACCAACAUGCAUGCAAAUAUUUCAACAUAAACAUACAAGUCACUGAUUUAUUUCUGAUGUGUUCAAAUCAAAUUAUUGUGAUUCAUACUAUGAACAAUUUUUAUUAUGAGAUUCUGUGCUUUUGUUUUAAGGAUUCAAAAAUGUUUAAGAAUAUCAAACACAUUCAACUUAGUGACUACGACUGUGACCAUUACAUUACUGUGGACAGUUUUAUUUUAUCAUAUUUUUCGUGGUCCAGUCUAUGUGUCAGUGUCAAAGAUCAUGUCGUCUGCUAUUGAAAAUAAUUACACCAUUUACCGGACAUUUGAUAAAGUAAACAUUAUUGAAAUGCCAGUUAUUUUAGGCCGGAAGGAUAUUAGAGGAUAUGGGAACUGUAUUCAAAGGAAACCGGAAGUUGUGAUGAUCGGAGUGCCAAAAUGCGGAACUGGUUCUGUGCGAACUUUUCUAAACGAGCACCCUUAUGUUGCCAUGGAGAUGAACUCGGAGGGAGUUCAGUAUUUUAAUUUAAGAUAUAUGCGUGGACCGGAAUGGUAUCGGCAUCAGAUGCCAUGCAGUACACAUGACCAGCUUACAAUUGAAAAUUCUCCGCAAUAUUUUAUCAGCGAAGAAGCCCCUGAGCGUAUGUUUAAAUAUAAUCCAAAAAUGAAACUGAUUCUUACAGUUCGAAACCCAAUUUCAAGAUUAGAAUCCGAGUUUGUUCAAAUGGCAGUCGGACGUCCUCAAUUCUUAACAGGAACUACAAUAGACGAAAACGUGAUUGAUCCGGAAACUGGUAAAGUAAAUCGCAGAAAAACAUUAGUGUCAAAAUCUAUUUAUAUCAGAUAUCUUAAGAAAUGGUUGGAAUAUUUUCCCGUAGAGCAAAUACAUAUUGUUGAUGGUGACGAAUUUGCUAGAAAUCCAUCAGAAGAACUAAACAAAAUAGAACGCUUUCUAAAUGUUGAGAAGUUUUUCAAAAAAGAACAUUUUGCGUAUGUGGAAAACAGGGGUUUCUUUUGUUUACAAAGAAAGCAAAGUGUCGAGUGUUUAGAAAAAGGAAAAGGAAGGCUUCAUCCAUAUAUAAAUCCUAAUUUAAUGCGAAAAUUACAAAACUUUUACGCACUAUUCAACGAGGAACUAUUCACAACAUUUGGUAGACGUUUUAAUUGGGCAUAAUUUUAAGUUCAUUAAAAGUGUCGCUAUCUCAUUGCUCAAAACUGCCUAAACGUGAUCAGGUCUGCAGUUAAAAACUAUUUUCUUUCCUUUUUUUUGUUAAUGUAAUGAAUUAUUUCUUUCCACUGCUGGAGCAUAUAUUAUAUCGAAUUAUAUCAAUAUUCGAAAUUCUAAAGAAGAAUAUAUUUAAGAAAUAACAUCGGCCUGAGAGGUGUAUAUCGGCUAUUUAACACCGGUUU